AUGCCCACGGGUUGCUGCUUGCCUCUUCUCUUCUUCUUCCUCGUCUGCGGAGAGGCCUCUCCCCAGGCGUCGGCUUUCGUUGGGUUCGGCAAUGGGGGCGGCCUCGGUGUCUGGGUGAACGGAGGGGUGGGUGUCUCCACCCAGAACCCGCCGCCGGGGGGCUCGUCGGAGCCUUCAUCCAGCGGGGAGUACGCGGCGCUGCAGGCUUUCAAGUUCGCCAUCACUGGGGACCCUUCGGGCGUCCUCGCCAACUGGGUCGGCCCCAAUGUCUGCUCCUACAGGGGGGUUUUCUGCUCCACUCCGCCGGCGGACGACAUGCCGUUCUCCCCCUCCUCGCCGGGGCGCGUCGUCUCAGCCAUAGAUCUGAACAAGGCCAACCUCCAGGGCACCCUGGUGAAGGAGCUCGCCCUUUUAACCCAUCUCUCCAUCCUUCACCUUAACAGCAACAGGUUCUCUGGGACGGUCCCUGACGCGUUCAGGGACCUCGAGUUCCUCACAGAGAUCGAUCUCAGCAACAAUCACUUCUCGGGGCCUUUCCCCGAACCCAUUCUGUACAUGCCGAGCUUGGUCUACCUUGACCUCCGAUUCAACAGUUUAUCGGGGGGGGUUCCCGACGAGCUCUUCGCGAUGGACCUCGAUGCCAUCUUCCUCAACAACAACCACUUCGAGGGGGAGAUCCCCAUGAGCCUCUGGAGCUCGUCGGCCUCCGUCAUCAGCCUGGCCAACAACAGGCUCACGGGGUCCAUCCCAGCUAGUUUCGGCUACACAGGGUCCGGUAUAAGGGAGUUGCUCUUCCUCAACAACAAGCUCACCGGGUGCAUCCCUGAGGGCGUCGGGCUCCUCUCAGACAUCGAGGUCUUGGAUCUCAGCUUCAACUCCCUCAAGGGCCACCUCCCCAGUUCGCUCUCGUGUCUUUCGAGCAUCGAGGUCCUUAACAUCGCCCACAACGAGCUCUCCGGCGUGCUUCCCGACGUCGUCUGCUCUAUGAGGAGCCUCCUGAACCUCACCAUCUCCUACAACUUCUUCUCCGGGUUCAGCCAGGACUGCGGGAAGACCUUCAGGAGCGCAUGGUUCGACUUCUCUGGGAACUGCAUCCCCGGCAGGGAUUUGCAGAGGCCUCCGCCGGAGUGCAUCGGGGUCUCCGGCGACGGUCUUAGCUGCCUUCGGGUCCCCCCCACGAGACCCGUGGCUUGCGGUCUCCCCCUGGGCACUGGUCUCGGGGUCGGAGUCGGGGUUUCCCUUGGCGAUCGUGAAACCCCUCCGUCGCCCGCGAGCUCUCCUCCAUGA